UUCUGUAUCCCACCAAGUUUCUUUCUCACUUCCCUACCCUUCUGGCCUUUUCUUUCCUUUCUUCACCAUCAUUUCAAUUUCUUGGUUUCUUUUCCUCUCCUUUAGUGUGUUUUGUUAAUCAAAAUCUUUUAAUUCUCACAACUUAGUGAUUUAUAUAUAAUUUUAUUUUAUAAAAAUUAUACCUUUGUAUGAUUGUAGGUGGAAAUAUUACACAAGAUGAAUAUAAACAUAAAGGAAACAACAAUGAUAUGCCCAGCUCAGGAGUUGAACAAUCAGCAUCUAUAUCUCUCUAACAUUGAUCUGUUUCUCCAGAGAAGCCAAAACUCUAAAGUGUAUAUUUACAAGUCAAAUACUGAUUCUUUUGACAUUAAACUGCUAAAAGAGGCACUGAGAAAAGUUUUAGUUCAAUUUUAUCCUGUAGCAGGCAGAUUGGGAAGAGAUGAUAAGGGCAGGCUUCAAAUAAACUGUAAUGGAGAUGGGGUUUUAUUUAUAGAAGCUGAAACAGACUCUACAGUAGAAGAACUUGGUGGUGACUUGAUGCUUAAUGAGCAAAUUCUUCAACUUAUUCCAAGUAUUGAUUAUUCCAAGACAGACAUAUUAUCUUCUUUUCCACUACUUGUUUUACAGGUAACAAAAUUUAGAUGCGGUGGACUAUCUCUUGGAACCCAAUGGCAUCACAUACUAUCAGACGGUUCUGGUUAUAUCCUUUUUGCGAAGGCAUGGUGUGAAAUAGCUCGUGGUCUCCUCGUUAGCCAUCCGCCAUUCAUCGACCGAACCAUCCUCCGUAACCAAGUCACCAGAAAACCUAAAUUUCAACACUUUGAAUAUGACAAACUGCCUCCUGUAAACAAUACAGAUCCAACCCAAAACAAUACUAGAACUGAACUGUUCAAUAUCACAUUAGAACAGCUUAAUGCCUUAAAAUCUAAGGUACAAGAAGAAAACAGCAACAACGGAUAUGGAAAAACUAAGUUCAGUAGCUACGAAAUCCUAACUGCACAUAUCUGGCGUUGCACAUGCAAAGCACGUGGCUUAUCCAAUGAUCAAGCAACCAAGUUGAACAUAGCCGUGGAUGGUAGGUCAAGGCUAAAACCUCCACUUCCAAGUGGCUACUUUGGUAAUGCACUUUUCUUGGCUAGUUCGAUUGCUUUAGCUGGUGACAUUGGAUCAGAGACGUUGAAGGAAACUGUAGAAAGAAUUAGAAAGGCGAUAAAUCGGAUGGAUAACGAGUUCUUGAGAUCAGCUAUGGAUUAUAUUGAUGGAGUUGAUGAUAUAAUGGCAAUUGUAAGGGGACCGGAGUUUUGUCGGUGUCCGAAUUUAAGUAUUGUUAGCUGGAUGAGGUUGCCCUUUUAUUCUCUUGAUUUUGGGAUGGGUAAGCCACUGUGUAUGAGACCUCCAAAUCCAGUUGAAGGUAAAGGAUACAUAGUAGCAACACCAAGCAAUGAGAUUGAUGGGAGUUGGGUUUUGAUUCUAUGCCUAGAGGUUCAUCAUAUGCAAUUCUUCAAAAACUUGUUUUAUGAUGAGCUUCUGUGACAUUGGCCGCAUGCCUAGAGCUUGUUGAGACAUAUAUAUAAGUGGUUGUAGUGCAUUUUUG